AUGCAAUGGGUAAAGUUUACCCACCGCGCCCACCAGCUGAGGACGGUGGUUUUUGUGGCGUGGGUCUUGUUCUACGUGGGACUGCUUCUCGCCGUGAGGAGGAUGUGGUCCAGCAGGUACGCGCGCAGUCCCGUGGUGCGUGCACUGCUGGCGGCCAACAACAACGAUGGGUCUCCUGAAAACGAAGAGUGGUAUCAGUGUGUCCCGGACCAGCUGGGGAACAAACUACAGCAGCAUUUUGUUCAAAGUAGUCUGGACCAAGACACCAAGGUUUUCCUCAGACUGAGCAUGGAGAAGUCAGGCUGGCUCUUCACUCAGCUCUACCACUCAUUCAUGUCCACUGUCCUCAGCCCUGUCGUCUCACGCACCUCCAUCAAUGGGUUUCUAAGUCGUGGGUCCAUGUUUGUGUUCUCGUCGGGGCAGUUCCAGCGCCUCCUCAGAGUGAGUCCAGACUGGAGAGCCGACCGACUGCUGGACCUGGGGGCCGGGGACGGGGGAGUGACUCAGAUCAUGGGCUCUCACUUCAGGGAGGUCUAUGCCACAGAGGUCUCCCCCCCCAUGAAGUGGCAUCUCCAGAGGAAGAACUACAAACUGCUGGGCAUCGACGAAUGGCACCAGACGGGGUUCAAAUACGACGUCAUAAGCUGUUUGAAUUUGCUCGACCGUUGUGAGGAUCCUCUGGCUCUACUUCGAGACAUGCGCGACUCUCUUGUCCCCAAAACCGGCAGAGUCGUCCUGGCCGCGGUCGUGCCUUUCCAGCCGUAUGUGGAAGUUGGGGGACAGUGGCAGCGCCCUAAAGAACACUUAAAGAUUUUGGGAAAAACAUGGGAAGAGCAAGUGUCAAAUUUAUCCACAGAGGUUUUUGAAAAGACGGGGUUUGAGGUGGAGGCGGUGACCAGACUGCCGUACCUCUGUGAAGGAGACAUGUACAAUGACUAUUACGUCCUCGAUGAUGCCGUCUUCGUGUUAAAACCAACAGCCAAAGAUUUCCACUGA